CGGUGAGUUGCCAGGGGCAACGGCGGCGCCUCAGCUCGGAGCGGCGGCCUCUGGAUAAAAGGGUGAUCUCCGGUCGCAGAACAUGUGCCCCACUAAAACCCUCCAGCACACAAGUUUAAGGAAGACUUUAACUGUGAGUUCACAGUAGCAAUGACAGCUAAACAGUGUGAAAAGGUGAUGUUGCAGCAGGUAAAUCAACUGUGGGAUCUGCUGGAUGAUAUGUCUGAAAACAACCCCGAAGCAUAUCAGAAAUUCAUCCAGCAUCAUCUAGAAGAGGGGAUGAAGCAGUUCAGUCUACCAGAGGCUCACAUCUGCUUUCAGACAAGAAUAUUGGAAUUGAAUGAGAAGUUGCUGUAUGUGAAUCUUUGCACCUGGAGUAGGGUCCCUGCUCCAAAGUCAAAAUCAGAUCCAGUGCCUCUUGCUGGAGGGAGGUUGGAGGAAACUGUAGAGGGCAGAGAGAUUUAUUCUGUUACCGAUGUUGCAUACAACCCAGAGGUCCUUAAGGAAGGAAAUGAAGAUCCUGUGGAAAAGGACCAAUUGAUUCGUUUAGCUAUGAAAUAUAUUGAAGAGCAGCAUUGCACGCACCUAUCAUAUUCUUACACCCUACUGAAAGACAAACUAAAAGGAAGUAAAAAACAGAUGAAGCUACGACUGACUGGAAAGGCUGAUCCUAUGCAAACUGCAAAGCACAUGUCACCUGAAGAAAGUGGUGCCUCAUUGCUUCAGCAACUGGCAAUGCUGAAAUCAGCAGACAAGGAAAGUGAAGAUGAUAAUCCCCAAAUUUGUUUGUUGAGUAGUAUCAAACACCCUAAAAAGCCAGGACUCAUUGAAGAGAUUUCAAGUACAGAAUUUCAGAGUGGUAAAGUAGAGACUCCAAAAUAUAAAUUAUUGCUCGUGAAAGAUGGAAAUGAAAAGACAAAAAUAAUUCAACUGAAGAUAGAGCUGCCUGGAGUAUUCUCUGUCAAAGAAUGUGAUCUCAGUGUUUCAAAGGAUGACCUAGUUAUCGAUGUAACCGAGAAGUACAGACUACAGCUUGAUCUACCUGAAACUAUUAGUGAAGAAACAGUCACUGCAAAAUUCAACAAGAAGACUCACAUCCUGUCUGUGGAGAUGCCUAUCAAGUAACCAUAUUACAUCUCUCAAUUAAAUAUAUUGAUAUUAUAUUAAUGAAAUGACCAAUAAUAACAGUUAGCUCCGUGUCAGUCAUUGAAAAGGACAAAUUAUAAUUGGUUGGAAGUGUAAUUGAAUAAAAUACCAAAUAUCUUGACAGUCUGCAUGGGCUUUGAGGGGAUUGAGUACCUGGGGAGACAGGUAAGGCCGUCGGGGGUUUCAGGAGAGGCGAUACUAUUGCGAGGUAGGAAAACCAGUUAGCAGAUCUAGGUAGUGUAUUCCUUCAGUCGGGCAAGUGCUGAGGUAAUGUUGCAUUUCACUGUUUGUUCCCAAGCGGAGUGUGGUCACGUGGAGGUGCCAGUGGCAUUGUGGGUAGACUGUCACUGGCUAAAAACAGACACUGGUUCUGUGAGCAAGUGAUGGCCAGGCAAAGUGGUUUGCUUUUCUCCCACACUCCAUAAUUGCAUCUGUGCUAUUUGCCUCAACUAUUCUGUCAUACAAAUUCUGCAUUCCCAAUUUCUACCAUUUCCUCUACUGCAGCUUUGUUAGUCUUCUUAAAAUUUAAUAUUCUUAUGUAAAUUAAAUUAAUUUUACAUCUAAUAAGACUGCUCCUCAAAAGCGGUUUCUCCCCUCACCUUCUUUGCUGCCAAACUAAUCUUCUGUCACACCUUUAUUGUUAGCAUUGACAUGGAUGGUGCUAACAGGGGUGGUGCAACUUGAGUUACCAGCUGCUAGAAUAUCAUCUAUGACUAAGAUUAGAAACUCUAUAGGCACAGGAAGACAUGAAUGUAAUUAAACUCUCCACUUUAAUUUUGUAUUGGUCCUCACCAGCAUGAAAUGAAUGUUGUUAGCAAAACAUAGAAAAUGCAGUACUUACUAAUUAUAAUUUGCUCCUAAUUAAGAUAUCUUCAAAAUCAGAGAAUUAUGAUACUUUCAAUAUACUAAAUAACAUAAACAUGGAACAAAUACUUCAUUGUUU